CGAACCCGGGAGCCCACGAUCGCGCCGCGCCAGCCGGCAGGUCCGCCAGCACCAGCGUCCCACUCGCGCCCGGGACCAUGGCCACUGACUCGUGGGCCCUGGCGGUGGAUGAGCAGGAAGCGGCGGCCGAGUCGCCUGCUGCGUAUUUUGAUUACACAGCAUGCAACAAUCCUCCAAGCGGUUCCAACUUUAAAAUAUCAGACAUCCAGCACAAGGCGACCUGAAUUUGAGCAACUUGCAUCUUAAGGAAGAGAAAAUCAAACCAGAUGCCAAUGGUGCUGUUGUCAAGACCAAUGCUAAUGCAGAGAAGGCAGAUGAAGAAGAGAAAGAGGACAGAGCUGCCCAGUCCUUACUCAAUAAACUCAUCAGAAACAACCUGGUCGACAACACAAACCAGGUGGAAGUCCUGCAACGGGAUCCAAACUCCCCCCUCUACUCAGUGAAGUCCUUUGAGGAGCUUCGGUUGAAGCCACAACUUCUCCAGGGAGUUUACGCCAUGGGCUUCAACCGUCCAUCCAAGAUUCAAGAAAAUGCAUUGCCUUUGAUGCUUGCUGAGCCCCCACAGAACUUAAUUGCCCAGUCUCAGUCUGGUACUGGUAAAACAGCUGCCUUUGUGUUGGCCAUGCUCAGCCAUGUAGAACCUGCAAACAGAUACCCCCAGUGUCUGUGCCUCUCCCCAACGUAUGAACUUGCCCUUCAAACGGGAAAAGUGAUUGAGCAGAUGGGAAAAUUUUACCCAGAGCUGAAGCUAGCUUAUGCUGUUCGAGGCAAUAAAUUGGAAAGAGGUCAGAAGAUCAGUGAGCACAUUGUCAUUGGCACCCCUGGGACUGUCUUAGACUGGUGCUCCAAGCUCAAGUUCAUUGACCCCAAGAAGAUCAAGGUGUUUGUUCUGGAUGAGGCUGAUGUGAUGAUAGCUACUCAGGGCCACCAAGAUCAGAGCAUCCGCAUCCAAAGGAUGCUGCCCAGGAACUGCCAGAUGCUGCUUUUCUCUGCCACCUUUGAAGACUCUGUAUGGAAAUUUGCCCAGAAAGUGGUCCCAGACCCAAACAUUAUCAAACUGAAGCGGGAGGAGGAGACAUUGGACACCAUCAAGCAGUAUUACGUCCUGUGCAAUAACAGAGACGAGAAGUUCCAGGCCUUGUGUAACCUCUACGGGGCCAUCACCAUUGCUCAGGCCAUGAUCUUCUGCCAUACCCGCAAAACAGCCAGUUGGCUGGCAGCAGAGCUCUCAAGAGAAGGCCACCAGGUGGCUCUGCUAAGUGGGGAGAUGAUGGUGGAGCAGAGGGCUGCGGUGAUUGAGCGCUUCCGAGAGGGCAAAGAGAAGGUUCUGGUGACCACCAACGUGUGUGCCCGUGGUAUCGACGUUGAACAGGUGUCUGUUGUCAUCAACUUUGACCUUCCUGUGGACAAGGAUGGGAACCCAGACAACGAGACUUACCUGCACCGGAUCGGGCGCACUGGCCGCUUUGGCAAGAGGGGCCUGGCAGUGAACAUGGUCGACAGCAAGCACAGCAUGAACAUCCUCAACAGAAUCCAGGAGCAUUUUAAUAAGAAAAUAGAAAGAUUGGACACUGAUGAUUUGGAUGAGAUUGAGAAAAUAGCCAACUGAGAAGCUCCACCAGGCCCUGCUGCCCACCCUUGGCUCCCCCUAAGUGGGAGACUAUUGCUUUCAAGUACAGGCCUCAACAGUCGCCACAAAGAUGAAGGCACGAUUAGAGAGAAACUACCUACCUCAUUUUAAAUUACGUUUGGACUUGAUAAAAUUGUGCAAAUGAUGGGGGAAGGUAGAUAAAAUUAUUUACACAACUUUUGGAAGAUUAGGCGUGAAUACACAGAAAUUUACCUUUUGGAAA